AUUAGCAGUGUCAAAGCUGAAUACUCAUCCAUUGUCAACGAAGAUUCGGACGUUACUUGGAAAUACUUAAAAUUACAGACUACACCAUCACCAUUUCUUGAUUCUACAGAAAUUAUCAGGUUCCAUUCACAAUGAAAUCAAUGCUUCAGAAGGCUUUCCUGUGGUGUGUGCUGACCACACUUUUUCCAAGCAUCACAAGUGCAAAACCUCUGAACACAGAUGGCUUAAGAAGGCUCGGUGUUUGGCUUCAGGGUAAGAUGUGGAGAGAUGUUCGCAGUGUGUCGGAGAGGAGCGAGGGCGACUCAACAGCUUUGCUGUCUCAGCAGAGGAACAGUGGUACAGAGUCAUAUGUACCACAGCACAGGCUGAGGGUAAAGAGGACAGAACCAGGUUACUCAGUGAAAAGAGUUGAAAGAGCGGGCUGCAACCUAGCCACCUGCUCAGUGCACGACCUGGCCCACCUGCUGCAUCUAAUGAGCACAAAGAUGAACAGCGCCCCCCCUGAAAAGAUAGGCUCUAAGGGCUACGGUCGCAGGCGGAGACGUUCACUCCUCCCUCCACUAACUUUCGAUGAAGACCGUCUAAAUCUGGCCUGGGUCCAAACCCUCAAAAGAUGCGCCCCCUGUUGGACGAAUGAAGGAACAAUCCAGGACUCUACCAGCUCCUUCUGCCUACCGAAGAUAAAUUGAAGACAGAGAGAAAAGCAAGAAGAGGAAAAGGAACUAAGAGAGCUUAAAUCUGUUUACCCAGGAGGACCAAUGAUUAAGAGCAGAGAGAAAAACUCUUUAUGGAAGUAAUGAGUUUUUCGUCCACAAUGUUUUCUGGCCGCUGCAGUAUCUGGCAAAGAAGGAUAUCCUCAUACUUGAAGACUAAUAAAUGUAUACUGUGGGAGACGUGCAAUAAUGUAUAUUAAUAUUGUUUUGUAGUCUUUAUUAAAGUUUAUAUAAAUGUAUAUUAUGAAAA